AUGGCCAAGCAUCAGCCGGAUUUGAUCAUGUGCCGGAAGCUGCCUGGUAUUGCGAUAGGACGACUGUGCGAGAAACAUGAUGGAAAAUGCGUAAUCUGCAACUCCCUCGUUCAUCCUAGCACGCUUGUCCGGAUCUGCGAUGAAUGCAGCUAUGGCUUGUUUCGACAUAAGUGUGUUAUCUGUGGAGAUGUAGGAAUAUCCGAUGCAUAUUACUGUAAAGAGUGUACACAACUAGAAAAAGACCGAGAUGGUUGUCCCAAAAUCGUUAACUUCGGGAGUACUAAAACCGACUUGUACUACAAGCAUAAGAAAUAUGAUUUUAAGAAACGAUGAUUGCUGUAUAACUUGUUGGGAUUAGGUAGCUUGGAACUGCAUAUCGAGACUUCGGGUUUCGACUUUGUUGUAUGUUAGAUGAUGUUAUCUCAAGUACGAUGGCCCGGAUUAACAUACAUAUCUGCUAUGCAAACAAUUUGUCU